CCAAACGGUGUGGAAGAGCUUGAAACAUUGAUGGAAAGAACAGCAACCCUAUUGGAGCAUCUACCCCAAGUCCAAAACGACGCAGUAGUACGAGUCCACCACGUUCAACUCAAAAGAAAAGAGAGGUUCGAUAAGAAGCUACGCCCACUCCCAGCAUUGUUUAUAAAAGAUAAAGUCUUAUUGUAUGAUGCUGCAAAGGACGGUUAUAAGAUUGCGAACAAUGCGUGGGGAAGUUCUGGAAGCACCGAUCAACAUACGGCUGAUAAAAAAAUACUACGAUCAUCCAGAGGUAGAGCAGACCCCUGA